CAGCUCAACUUGAAAGUUUUCUCGAAUGGAUCGAGUAUGAAGAAUUUGAUGAAAUGAAAUUAAUUGCUGAAGGAGGUUUUGGUAGCGUAUCAAAAGCAAUUUGGAAUUCGGGUUUUAUAAUUAGUUUCAACAAAAAUCAAAGAAAAUUAAUACGAGCGGGACCAAGUUUUGUUGCACUAAAGGUGUUAUUCAAUUCAAGUAAUGCAAAUUAUAAUACAAUUCAAGAAAUUCAAUCUGCCGUUAUCAAUAGUCACUUUGAUAAUAUGGCAAGAAUAUUUGGAAUUUCUAGAGAUUCAAAAACGAAAAAUUACAUUCUAGUGCUUCGCUUUUAUGAAGACGGAUUACAAUCUUUACACGAACGUCAAUACAUUCAUCGGGAUUUGCAUAGUGGCAAUAUUUUAUGCGGUUUAAAUUUGUUAUAUAUAACAGACUUUGGACGAUGUAGAAAAAUUGCUGAAAUUAUGGAUGAAGAAGUGUUUGGCAUAAUACCAUACGUUGCACCUGAGCUAACGAUGCAUUGUUGGGCGCCGGAUCCAUCGAAACGGCCAACGGCAAGUGAAAUUCUUAAUACAAUUAGAGAAUGGGAUUAUCUCACCGUUCAAAAAAAAGCUGAAGAAAAUAUAGAAAAUAGAAAAAAGAAAUGUGAAAUUCACAAAGACGCAAUAUACAAAACUGAGGAACUUUAUCAGAUUUAG